AAAAAAAAAAAUAAAUGAAAAAAGAAGAGAAACGUCAAGAUGAUUUUUAAACCAUUUGAAAAUUUUGAAAUUAAUGAUUUUAUUUUACCACUCUUUACAAUAUAUGUCGCAUAUUAUUAUUAUAGAUAUUUUACUCGUGUUAAUCCCUUACCUGGCCCUUUCCCAUUACCAUUAAUUGGUACUUUUCCUUAUGUUAUUUGGUUUAGAUUGAUUAAAAAAGAUGCCACAAUGUUUUUUAAAUUUUGUUACGAUAAAUAUGGUGAUAUAUAUGAGACUAAUAAUUUUGUUCGAUGCAUAGUUUUGUGUCGAACAGAAUAUAUUGAAGAUUUAUCAUCAUCAAAAAGUAAACUUGAGAUGAGAUGUCCAGAUUAUGAAGGAUUAAAAGAAUUGGGAGUUGUAGGAAAAGGAAUAACUUACAAUAAUAAUUUUAACUCGUGGACAUUUAAUCGUCAUUUUUUUAAUCAAGCUAUUUUGUCACCGAAGUUCACUAACGAGGUUAUUGAUUGGACAAACGAACUUUUCAAUGAAUUAGAAAGUUAUUGGAAUAGAUUAUUUCUUAAAGAAGAAAUUAUUAAAGAAAAUAAAAAUAAAUUGGAUUUUAUUCAAUGGUUUAGUCAUUAUAAAAAUGAUAUGAUUAUUAAAUUAUUAACUGGUGAAAGAUCUUAUUCAAUGGAAGGUUAUUUUAUUACUCUUAAUAAUAAAAUAUCUGAUCAUCAAUCAACAAGAAUCAAAGAUUCUGCGAAAUUAUUUCAAGCAAUUUAUAAAUUUCAAAUGAGUUAUUUCAUCUUUUUCGUAUUUCCUUCUUUUUUACGACAUCAUGUUCCAUUUUUUAAAAAUAUAGCGAAUGAUAUACUUCAAAAAUUAGAUUUUAUCAAUCAAAAAUUGGAUGCAAUUAUUAAGAGACGUAGACAAGAAAUUGAAGAUACACCAUUGAAUGAAUCCUUACCUCAUGAUAUAUUAACAUCGAUGAUUAUCAAAAAUACACUUCGUGAUGGUAAUUAUAUCGAAACUGGUGCUAAUAGAUUUAUGUCUGACAGUGAAAUUCGCGUCAAUUUACUCGAUGGAAUUAUUGGUGGCACUUAUAAAUCUGCAAAUAUGCUUUCAUUCAUUAUCUAUUAUAUUGCACAUCAUCCAAUUGUGAAAAUGAAAAUGUUAGAAGAAAUUGAUAAUAUAUUUCAAGGUGAUACAAUUCGACCAAUUACUAAAGAUGAUUUUUAUAAUUUAAAAUACUGUGAAGCAAUUGUAAAAGAAGUAGCUCGAAUUUUCCCAAUCAUGUACUCGAAUAUAAGAUAUAUUGAUGAACCUAAAGAAAUAGCAGGAUAUCAAUGGCCAGCUGGUAUAACAUUUCUAGCUAACAUUAAAGCUAUUCAUAAUAAAGAUGAUUAUUGGGAAGAACCUAAUAAAUUUAAUCCUGAUAGAUGGAUGGAUGAAAAUUUUGAACCAAAGAAGGAUUCUUUUAUAAUGUUUGGUACAGGUUUAAGAUUAUGUCCAGGAAGAAAGUUAGCAAUGAUUGAAUUAGUUUGUUUGAUGGCUUUAUUGUUUAGAAAAUAUGAUAUUAAUUUAGUAGAUAUGAAUUCUCCUGUUAAAACUAAAUGUGAUGGUCUUUUAGUUUGUUGUGUCGAAUUAUUAGUUGAAAUUAAACCAAGAAAUUGA